GGGAAUUGAAAAUGUUACAGUCCACGUCUAAGUCGAAGCUUCUUUCUGUCUUCAGCCUUCUCCUUCUCUCUCUCUCUCUCUCUCUCUCUCUCUGUGACACUGGUGACCUUUUGACCCAAACUUUUCCGUCAUGGGCCGAUCUCUCUUCUCUGAAACUGCAAGUUUUGAUCUUUGAAUUUUUCAAAUAUAAGACCGUCGUUUGGUACAUUUAGAGUUUGCGUUAAACUCUGCAAGUUCACCGCCAUUGUUUCCGCGGUGAAAUUGGAAAGAGAUGGGUUUGUAGUUAAUCUGCUGUUGUUAAAUUUGCUUCUGGGUUUUGUUUGAUUGAGGUUGUUCUUUCCCAAUAAACUCAAAUUUCCAAGGAUUAAGCUACAAUGCGGGCACCAUCGCUGCUUGCACAGUGCUUGCCUGGUUUGGUACCUCAUGACCGAGGAAAUCACAGCAUGUCCACCAUUUCUGAGAGAGAUAUGCAUCUAUGUUCUCCUGCUGUGGAGAUUCUUCCUUCAAAGGUGGCUCCCCCUUACAAGUAUGCUGGGGAUAAUGUAGACUUGCAGAGUCUCAAUGUAUUAAAGGGAAGAGUCAGUGUUUCCGAUAUUAUUGGGUUUACUGGUUCCGAAAUGAUAUCUGCAAAACCUGAUGGGUAUUUGAAAUCUUGGGACAGUUCUAUUGAUCUUGUUAAUCUCCUGAAGCAUGAGAUUCGUGAUGGACAGCUGAGCUUCAGAGGCAAAAGAGUACUAGAGCUUAGUUGCAGCUAUGGGCUAUCAGGAAUUUUCGCUUGCCUGAAGGGAGCAUGCGCAGUUCAUUUUCAAGACCUCAAUGCUGAAACCAUAAGGUGCACUACCAUACCAAAUGUCCUGGCCAAUCUUGAACAGGCUCGGGACCGGCAGAGCCGACAGCCAGAAAGCCCCCUUACUCCAUCAAGACAAGCCCUAGCCCCAGCAGUGCAUUUUUAUGCUGGGGACUGGGAAGAACUCCCAACAGUUCUGUCUGUCGUGAGAAGUGAUGGUUUUGAAGUGACAGGGAUGAGUCAGAGCUUCUCUGAGGAAGAUUUUAUGGAUGUAGCUAGCAGCCAAGAUGGCAGCAUCUUAGGGCAGGAAUGUUCCUCAAGGCGAUCAAGGAAGCUAUCGGGAAGCCGGGCUUGGGAGAGGGCUAGUGAGGCAGAUUCGGGAGGAGGGUAUGAUGUGAUUUUGAUGACAGAAAUACCCUACUCCGUAACUUCUUUGAAGAAGCUAUAUGGUCUAAUAAAAAAGUGUUUGAAGCCUCCCUAUGGAGUAUUAUACCUGGCAACAAAGAAGAACUAUGUUGGUUUCAACUGUGGGGCAAGACACCUAAGAAGUCUUGUUGAGGAAGAAGGCAUUUUUGGAGCCCAUUUAGUGAAGGAAAUGGCUGACAGAGAGAUUUGGAAGUUCUUCCUCAAAUGAACGAGUUAAACGUUCAAGCUCCCAAGUGUCUUUCCGUUUGACAGCAUUUUUACUUCUAUUUGUGUAAUUAAACAUAUAUAUAUAUAUUACAAGUUAUUUUAUUCCAUUCUUUUUUCUUUUCUUUUUUUUUGGGGGGGGGGGGGGGGGGGGUGGUGGUGUUAGAAAUAAUGGAGUCAGAAUCAAAAAAGAUUGGUUGGUGAACUUCUAAUUUGCCACCAUUCCUUGUGGCAUUCUUUUUGCCCUUUCUCUUCUUGUUUUUGAUUCCAUUAUUGAUUGUAAAUCCAAAGAAAGAUUCUUUUGAUUAAAGUUAGAAUUGAUGUUUAAUUUCUCUCUAGUGUAAUAUUUCUCAAAUUUUGGCAAGUUGCCUCUGUUUGGUGUACUAUUAAUAAUAAUAAUAAUACUUGGAUGUUUUCUGGAC